GCCCGCCUCGUUCUCAACGGGCAACUCUAUGCUUCGGCAGAGCGAUGAAUCCGGGAUCAAUGAAUCAGUGGAAGAUUUAACUGCCCAAUUGCGUGAGGCCCAGACGAAGGGUGCGGAAGCUGAGGCAGAACUGAAGACCGCGGUUGAAAAAAUUUGGGAACUGCGCGAAGUAAUAAAGGAUUUGGAGCAACAGGUUCAAACGCGAUCUGAAAAAGAAGAUAUCCUCGAAGGUCAGAUCCAACAGCUGGAGGAGAUCAUCUUGGCACAGACGAAGAAUCAAGAGGAACUCGUCCAAGAGCUGGAGCUCGUCAAAGCCGGCAGCGAAAACAAUCACCUGAGCGACCACAUCGGACACCUACAGGAAGAACUUCGCAAGGCGCAGCUCAGCUCCGAGCAGAUGGCAGCCAAUUCGUCGGCUCUGAAGCAGCUCCGCCUCGAAAUACGUGACUUGCAAGCUCAGCUAAACAAUAAAACUCGGGAACUGGAAUCGAUGCACGUGUGCGGCUCAAGUUUGAGUAUCAGCCAGCCAAGCGAGGAUGUUUCUCUACGCGAGCAGAUUGACGCGACGCGCUGUCCUACUCCCGACGAUCCGAGCUACCCACCGGUACUGCCGCUUGAUAGUCUCCUCAAGCUCAAGGAAAGUUUAUCGAAGCACUUUCGGGUCGAGGAUGUGGCGCUCAAACGGCUCAAGGAUCUGGACACGCAGUUGUCGAAUCUCCAGAAGCAAAAUGAAGAACUAUUGGCUGAGCAGGAAUUGCUUCAACAGGCGACGUCGGAGCAGCUGUUUCAAAUUGAAACGUUGCGGGCAAGACUCGAGCAGCAGAAACUGAAUGCGCCAUUUGAUCAUAGACAAGCCAUUUCCAAGCUGGAGUCUCAGUUAUCAACAAAACUGUCUUAUCGUCACGAUUUAUCUCAUCAUCAAGAUACAUUUAAAGUCAUAAUUGAGUUAUAA